GAUAGUACCCAAAAUUGCCUGGCAUCAGUCGCUCUAUGUCCGUCAAAGUGUUAGCCGUAACUGACUUCAACGUUUUACCUUUCGUUUAAAAUAAUACCGACAUAUUCUCAAGCCUACAUCAUAUAUAGUAGUAUUCUACUAUACUACUAAGUAAACAGUAUUAAUACUGUCUACUAGUGCAUACACAAUGUCACUGAACUACAAUAAUAUGUUUUUGAUUACCAUCUACUUUAUGGUCAUAGCAACAGCUAUCUACGGACAAAUACCUAAGGCAGACUCCAGCUUAAAAUUCGCUACAGUCCUUUUCCGACAUGGCGAAAGAGCGCCGAUGAUCACAUACAAUACAGAUCCUCAUAAGGAUGCUUUUCCAGAAGGACUUAACGAAUUGACAAAGUUGGGAAAACAACAUAUGUACUACAAAGGGCAAAUUUUUCGUCAUAUUUACGGUGACUACUUCAGUAAAUUGUAUUUGGAUAAUGAAAUUUAUACAAAAACUACGAAUGUCGCACGGACGCACAUGACCGCUGCUAUGGUAUUAACAGGACUUUAUCCGCCGACUAACUAUCAAAAAUGGUCGAAUCAAGAAACAUUAUGGCAGCCAAUUCCCGUUUAUGGCGGAUCUCCAGAUCACAGUGAUUCACAAGUUGAAAAUUGUCCGUCAUUCAUGCCAACGUUCAUAAAAGGAGCUUCUUUAACCGAGAAUGCCACUUUAGCACUAGAGCCAUUAUUAGUGUACCUAUCUGAAAAAUGUGGACAACCUAUUGACAGCAUUAAUGUAACCAUGUUAUUCGACUUGUUUACAUGCCAAUUAGCAGCUGGCUUGGAACUUCCAGAAUGGACUAAACCCAACAUUUAUGAAAAAUUGAAAGCCAUUUUAUAUAGUGAUGAUUUUCGAAGAAAUUUUAACGGAAACACAAAAUUACAAAACUUAAUGAUUGGGCCCUUAUUAAACGAAAUCACAUUGAAAAUCCAACAAAAAUCUAGCGGUGAAGAAAAGAGAAAAAUGUAUAUGUAUUCAGGACAUGAUUUUAGUAUAAUGUUAUUAACGGCAGCUGUUUCGGGACAUUUAAUAGAAACGCCGAAAUUUGGUGCUUCCCUGCAUUUUCAUGUUUACCGAUUUAAUAAUACCGAUGAAGAUGUCAUAAAGGUAUAUUAUCUAAAAAAUUGGGAUGACGAUAAAGGAGAAGAAUUAUCAGUAUCAAAUUGUAAUAGUCCAUGCAAAGUUGCUGAUUUUAUAAACAUCGCCAACAACAAAUUUACAAAAACCUGGGAAGAAGAAUGCCAUACUUAACAACUUUGGCAUACUCAAUAAUUUAUACGCCAUUUAUGAAAAAUAAUUAUACAUAACUUAUAUUAUUGCAGUUUUAAUGUACCUACGUAAUAAACGUGUAUCUCAAUGUAUUUCAACAACAUUAUAUACAUAUAAUUGUAGUUUUUAAAAAAUAAAUAACCACUUUAGACAAUUGAAA